AUGUUAGGCCUUGCAAGGUCAGAACUUGCUGUGCCAACUCAACUUGCAUUGUUAAAGAAACUUCCUCCCAAGUUUUCUGUGUGUUUACCUUCUUCUAACAACCUAGGAUUCACUAACUUACUCAUUGGACCUCAGGGGCAUCCUCAGGAUGUGUCCAAAUAUAUCCAAACCACUUCUCUUGUUGUCAACCAAUUUGACACAGGUCCUUUGUUUGAGGAAGGUGCUCCUUCUACAGAAUACUUCAUUGAUAUAGGAAGGGCAAUGGGGGCACCAAAAUUAGCACCAUCUCGUUUUGCUGAAUUGCAAAGUUUUGUCUAUAAGCCUUUUGUUAGACAUUUCCUUAAGAAGGCUGCGGAUAGAAGACUAAAGAGAGUAGCAUCAGUACCUCCAUUUGAGGCAUGUUUCGAUUCAAAAAGUAUUGGCAAUUCCAUCACCGGUUUUGCUGUGCCAACCAUUGAUCUAGUGCUACAAGGAGGAGUGCACUGGACUAUUCAUGGAGCCAAUUCCAUGGUAUUAGCAAAGGAAAAUGUAGCAUGCCUAGCAUUUGUUGAUGGAGGGACAAUAGCAACAAUGUCGCUUUUUAAAGCCUCAGUUGUUAUUGGUGCGCAUCAGUUGGAGGAAAAUCUUUUGGUGUUUGAUCUGGCUUCCUCCAAAUUAAGCUUCAGCUCUUCACUUUUGCUCCACAAUGCAACAUGUUCCCUCCUUUGA